AUGGUCUACAACCCCAACAAGAAGCUCAGUAUACGAUACGACGACGUCGAGUCCUCUAUCUCCUACGGCCCCGGCUUCAUUUCGGGGACUCGGGUUCCGCCGUUCGCUCAGGGGACUAAGGAUCGUACGUCUGUCAACGCGACUUUCUCUGCGGCGAAUUCGUUCGUUGGCGCUCCGGUGGCGAGCGGCAUCGACGCGGCCAGGGCGCGUGGGAGCGUGAGCUUCAACGUGAAGCUUUCGGCUAGGGUUGAGUUUCGGAGAGGUGGGUGGAGGCUGAGGCGGCGGCUCUUGAGGGUUUUGUGCAGUGGCGUGGCGGUUUCUCUUUCGUCGAAAGGCGGAUUGGGUACUUUGGCCGGCGGGUCAAGAGAUUGCCAGGUUGUUGUUUGAGGUGAGGGCAAUGCGUCUGGUGCAAAUGGUAAUUUUUUUAAUCUCUCACUUUUCAAUUGAAGUCUCUGAAAUUGUGACAAGUUAGGAACGAGGAAUUUGUUGUUGUAUAAUUAGUAGUAAGAUGAGUUUAUGGAUUUAGGUUAAGUUGUUGUAUAUAUUUUUAACUACAAUUCUUUUGUUGUUUCUGGUUAGUGAUGGUUGCAAUUGAGUUUGUUUUUUUGUUUCUCCUCCCAAAA